AUGCUCUCCCACGAGGAACUGUACCCGUACUCGGAGCCGGUGGCCCGCGAGACGGUGGUGGCGUCGGGUGCGCUCACGUCCCUCCCCGUGCGCAUCCACCGGCACGACGAGCUGGCCGACGCCGGCGCCAUCUGCCUGACGGGCGACUGGGGCCGGAUCAUGAAGGACGGCCAGGACAAAAAGUCGAACGGGUCGCCGUGCCGCGUGGGCAACUGGGGCAGCUUCAUCUGGCCCGAGAGCGAGCCGGACCGCCUGGGCUUGCUGUGUUAUCUUCUGGACGUCGGGUGUUUUCACGAUGACGCCUGCGAGGAAAUGUCCAUCGCGGCGGCCCACAUAGAGCACAUGGACUUGGAUGCGGCUAUGGACGUCUCGGACGACCGCAGUUUGUCGGCCGACUCCCGCUCGGCCAAGACCAAGGACCUCGUGUCGACCGCCAUUCUCGAGUGCGUCCGCGUCGACCGGGUCGGUGCGCUGCGCAUGCUGGAGGCGUACCGAAAAAAGUGGCUCGCCAUCAUGGAGAAUUACGAUACGGAAAAGAUAGAAGCGCUGGACGAGUAUUUCGAGUCGAGGGCCAACAACGGCGGUAUGGGUGCAUAUUACGCAAUGCUGGAAUUCUCCCUAGGCAUUGUGGUCACGGACGAGGAAUACGCCAUGAUGGCCGUUCCCAUACAGCACGUCGAGCGGUGUAUGCUCUUGACCAACGAUUACUGGAGCUGGCCGAGGGAGCGCGAGCAGGCCAAGACCCAGGAGGCGGGCAAGGUCUUUAAUACGGUUUGGUUCAUGAUGAAGCAGAAUCCCACUUGGACGGAGGAGCAGGCAAAACGGAGAGUGGCCGAGAUGGUUGUGGAAGAGGAGACCAAGUGGGUGCAGUCCAAAGACGCCCUUUACGCCCAAUAUCCGGCCCUGAGCCCCCACCUCGUCAAGCUGCUGGAGAACCUACACACGGCGCUGGCGGGCAACGAUUAUUGGAGCUCGCAGUGCUACCGGCACAACGACUGGACGCACGUCCCGGAGCAGCCCGCACCUGGCCACCCGCAGGUCCACGAGCUGGCCGGGCUGGGGAGGGCGGUGAUGCCGCUGGCCGAAAGCCCCGAAGGCUCCGCGGCGGAUGGCGUCAAGACCCCUCUGUCGGAGGGCAAGUCCGGGUCGCCGCUCACGUCGCCGUCGUCGGUCUUUAGCAGCGUGGUAGUCGAGGCCACAAAGCAACCACCAGUCCACAGCCGGGCCGAGGAGGUGAUCCAGGCGCCCAUCCGCUACAUCCAAUCCAUGCCGUCCAAGGGCUUCCGCUCCGCGCUGGUGGACUGCUACAGCCGGUGGCUCGACGUGCCGGCCAGGGAGAUGGAGAGCAUCAAGUCGGUCAUCAAUUGCCUGCACGACUCGUCGCUGAUCCUGGACGACAUCGAGGACAACUCGCGCCUCCGCCGCGGCUUCCCCGCCACCCACGUCGUCUACGGCGCCGGGCCCGCCAUCAACAGCGCCACGUACCUCUACGUGCAGGCCGUCGCGGCCAUCAACAGCCUCGACAACCGCGAGAUGAUGGACGUGCUGCUCCGCCAGCUGCAGAAUCUGUUUCUGGGCCAGUCGCUGGACCUGCACUGGACCGCGAACCGGCAGUGCCCCACCCGCGACGAGUACCUGGGCAUGGUCGGGCAAAAGACGGGCGCGUUCAUCUCCAUGGUGGCGGAGCUCAUGAUCGCAGCCAGCAACGUAAAUUCUCCUGAAAAGACCCGCGCCGCCUUUGCGGCCUUUUCGCACCUCUCGGGCCUCUACUACCAGGUGCGCGACGACUACCUCAACAUCACGUCGGCCGAGUACGCGGACAAAAAGGGCUUCGCCGAGGACCUGGACGAGCAGAAAUUCUCGUACAUGCUGGUGCACCUGGCGCGCGCGCGGCCCGACAUGAUGGUGCAGGUCGAGGGCGUGUUCCGCUCGAUGCGCGACGGCAAGGCCGAGGUCGCCGAGAGCAAGCGGUACCUCGUCGGCCUGCUGCGCGCCAGCGGCACCGUCGACGCCACCCGGAAGCUGCUGCUCGGGUGGCAGGACGCCAUCGUCAGGGAGAUUGACGCCCUGCAGGCGCACUUUGGCGCGCCGAAUCCGAGCUUGCGGUUGUUGAUGGAGAGCUUGUGGAUCGAGUGA